AUGUGCUCCAGCCGCAAGAUCCUGUGGAGCCUGCUCCUGCUGUCCGUGGUGGAGGUCGGCCUGGGUGUGGCGAGCAUCGUCCUGGGAGCGGUGGGCAUUAGCUGGGUCCGGGGCGAGCACAAGCCGCAGCAGGGCGACGCGUCCCCGGUGUGGAGCGGACUCUGUUUUCUUGUCUGUGGGAUGUGCGGAGUGCUGUGUGCUCGCAAGAGGACAGGUCUUAUUAUGAUCUUAUUUUCGGCAUGUUGUAUCUGUGGUCUGAUUGGUGGGAUCCUCAACUUCCAGUUUGUUCGGGCACUAAACAAACGGCCAGACUCCAUGCACUCGAUCCAUCUGGCUGCCAUGACUCUGGCCUGUCUGGGGAUCUCUUCCUGUACCUUAUCCACGUGGCUCACCUGUCGCCUGGCCAGCUCGGAGCAGCAGAGGAUGUUCCUGGAGAGGGAACACUCGCUGCACCACUCGCACGAGAUGACUGAGAAGGUAGGACAUGACAGCAGAGGACAGCUUGAAUGCUUUAAAGAGAUCCUGGACAACUCCAGCAACGGCAUUCCUCAGAUCUCUUACAACGGACACACGCCCGCAUCGCCAUGACAAUGUAUCACCAGAGGCGACUUGCACACACUGGAACAGAGACGGUUCGUGAAUCGCUUGCUGUCAGAUGACAAAUACAGCAUGUACUUCUUCCUACUCUCACUGCAGGGAGUCAGACCACGUCGUCUCUCGCCUUGGACCCCUUCUCUCUGCCGCCGGAGUUAAAGAAGGACAUUUUGACAACAAGAGGGAGGCGUUUGUGCUUCUAAUUGAUUAUGCAAACAUGGGUUCAAGCCCCCUCUGACCAACCAAAGCUAGGAUGGAGAGUUGCUGUUUGGGGUCAUAAUUCAGGUGACGAACAUCUGUGUGACAUCAUCUGACCUUUAAACCAUUGAGCAGGAAGAUUUUAUCCAAUGAGAUGCCUCAAAGUGAUGAGCACAAGCCAAGCAUGCAGCUGAUUCACUCGAAGAGCUACUGCUAUUUCAGUCUCAAUGUCUUUGUUCUCUCUCUAUGUCUUGUUAUGGGUUCAUGGAAUGCAGAUCUCGAGAAGUAAACUGUAUGUAUUGUCUGAUAAUGGAAUGCUUUGAUAUGAAAUACAGU